AUGUCCAUCGACUUUCCCAAGGAGGAGGUUGAGAUCAUCAAGAGAUGGCGCGAGAUCAAGGCAUUUGAGCGCCAGCUCGAGUUGACCCAAGGGAAGCCUCUUUACACCUUCUACGAUGGCCCUCCUUUCGCCACUGGCCUUCCUCAUUACGGCCACCUGUUGGCCUCGACCAUCAAGGACAUCAUCCCGAGAUACUGGUCUAUGAAAGGCUUCCAUGUCGAGAGACGGUUCGGCUGGGACACUCACGGCCUUCCCAUCGAACACGAGAUCGACAAGAAGCUGGGUAUUUCCGGCAAGGCUGCCGUCAUGAAGCUGGGUUUGAAGAACUACAACGAGGAGUGCAGAUCCAUUGUCAUGCGUUACAGCGAAGAGUGGCGUCAUACCAUUGAGAGACUCGGCCGCUGGAUCGACUUCGACAACGACUACAAGACUAUGGACCCUACUUUCAUGGAGUCGGAGUGGUGGGUGUUCAAGCAACUGUUCGACAAGGGAGCUGUUUACCAGGGUCAUCGCGUCAUGCCUUACUCUACCGCCCUGACCACGGCUUUGAGCAACUUCGAGGCCAACCAAAACUACCAGGACGUCACUGAUCCGGCCGUUGUAAUCUCUUUCCCUCUCCGGGACGACCCGGAGACUCACCUGCUUGCCUGGACAACUACCCCUUGGACGCUGCCCUCUCACCUCGGCCUUGCUGCCCAUCCUGACUUCGAGUACGUGAAGAUUCACGAUGAGAAGUCUGGCAAGAAGUACAUCAUCCUUGAGAAGCUGUUGACCACCUUGUACAAGGACCCCAAGAAGGCCAAGUACAAGGUUCUUGAGAAGAUCAAGGGCAAAGACAUGCUCGGCUGGCAGUACGAGCCCCCCUUCAACUAUUUCUACGAGGAGUACAAGGACGUCGCCUUCAGAGUACUGAACGCUACCUACGUCACCGACGACAGCGGUACUGGUAUUGUUCAUCAGGCGCCGGCUUUUGGUGAGGACGAUUACAAUGUGGCCCUCGCUGCCGGUAUCAUUACCGAAAACAGGCCGCCUCCGGACCCCAUCGAUGACAAGGGCCAUUUUGGGCAGCGUAUUACGGACUUCGCCGGAAUGCACGUCAAAGAGGCUGACAAGCACAUCAUCAAACACUUGAAGGGUACAGGAAGGAUCGUCGUCGACUCUUCGCUCAAGCACUCAUACCCCAUGUGCUACCGUUCUGACACUCCUCUUAUCUACCGAGCUGUGCCCUCCUGGUUUGUUCGCAUCCCCGAGAUCAUUCCCCAGAUGCUCGAGAACAUCAAGGGAUCGCACUGGGUGCCUUCUUUCGUCAAAGAGCGCCGUUUCGCCAGCUGGAUCGAGAACGCCCGUGACUGGAACGUCUCUCGAAACCGCUACUGGGGCACCCCCAUCCCUUUAUGGGUGAGCGACGACAUGGAGGAGCGAGUUUGUGUUGGCAGCGUACAAGAAUUGAAGGAGCUAAGUGGCUACGAGGGAGACCUCUCCGACCUCCACCGCGACAACAUUGACCACAUUACCAUUCCCAGUAAAAUGGGCAAGGGUCAAUUGAAGCGUGUUGAGGAAGUUUUCGACUGUUGGUUUGAGUCGGGUAGUAUGCCUUACGCUAGUCAGCACUACCCAUUCGAGAACGUCGAAAAGUUCGAGGCAUCCUUCCCUGGAGACUUCAUUGCCGAGGGUCUUGACCAAACCAGAGGCUGGUUCUACACUCUCCUUGUCCUCGGCACCCAUCUUUUCGGAAAGAUCCCUUUCCAGAACUGUGUCGUCAAUGGCAUAGUCCUGGCUGAAGAUGGCAAGAAGAUGUCGAAACGCCUCAAGAACUAUCCGGCGCCAGACCUCGUCAUGGAGAAGUACGGUUCUGAUGCUCUCCGUCUUUACCUCAUCAACUCUCCCGUGGUCCGUGCUGAGCCACUGCGCUUCAAGGAACCCGGCGUGAAGGAGGUUGUGCAAAAGGUUCUGCUGCCUCUCUGGAACAGCUAUAAGUUCUUCGAGGGCCAAGUCUCGCUGCUCAAGAAGGUCGAGGGCGUCGACUACGUCUGGAGUCCCGAGACCCAGGCGAGUAACGAUAACGUCAUGGACCGAUGGAUCCUCGCCAGUUGCCAGAGUCUGCUUCAGUUCGUGAAUGACGAAAUGAGGGCAUACCGUUUGUACACCGUUGUCCCGCGCCUCCUUGGCCUUAUUGAGAACACUACAAACUGGUACAUCAAACUCAACAGAAGACGCCUUAAGGGUGAGAACGGUGUUGAAGACACCAAACAUGCGCUCAACACGCUGUUCGAGGUUCUCUUCACACUGUGCCGUGGCCUUGCUCCCUUCACCCCCUUCAUUACCGACACCAUUUACCAGAAGCUGAGGCCACACAUCCCCAAGGAGGCGGAAGCCGAGGACGCACGUAGCGUUCACUUCCUCCCUUUCCCCGAUGUGCGCCAAGAGCUUUUCGAUGAGGAGGUGGAGCGCAGAGUUGGCAGAAUGCAAAAAGUCAUUGACCUGGUCCGUGUUUCUCGCGAGAGGAGAGCCAUUGGUCUGAAGACACCCCUGAAGACGCUUGUGGUCAUUCACCGUGAUCCUCAGUAUCUUCAGGACCUGGAGUCUCUCUCUUCCUACAUCAGAGAAGAGAUGAAUGUGAGAGACCUUGUCCUGUCGUCUGACGAGGCCAAGUACAACGUCCAAUAUAGCGUGACAGCGGAUUGGCCAGUGCUGGGCAAGAAGCUCAAGAAGGACAUGGCGCGGGUGAAGAAGGCGCUCCCGACACUCAGCAGCGACGCCGUCAAGGAGUACUCGGAAACGAAGGAGAUCCUGGUCGAUGGAAUCAAGCUGGAGGACGGUGACCUCGUCGUCAGGCGAGGAUUGAGGGAGGAUGAAUCCUCCAAGAACUUGGAGCCUAACUCGGACAAUGAUGUGCUUACCAUCCUUGAUGCCGAGCUUUACGUGGACCUCGCGCACGAAGGUAUCGCCCGGGAGAUCAUCAACCGUGUCCAACGCCUGAGGAAGAAGGCGCAGCUUCAGCCGACGGACGACAUCAAGAUGGAGUAUAAGAUCCUCAGUGAUCCCGACAAGAUCGGCCUCGAGGAGGUAUUUGAGACGCAGAGCAAGGCCAUCGAAAAGGCGCUGCGAAGACCGAUGGACAAGCACGAGGUCACGCAGGUGGAGGGAGAGAUCCCUACCGAGAAGCAGAAGGGCAUCAUUGCGGAGGAGGAGCAAGAGAUUCAGCACGCAACAUUCCUGCUCCGGUUGCUCGAGUUGUGA